GCAUGACGUCAUUUAUGCUAGCGGUAAACCGCAGGAGCUUUGACAACGCUCGUCUGCUAGUCGAGGCAGGAGCAGACGCGGACGCAGUAGACGAACUUGACGUCACGGCUCUCAUGCUCGCCGCGGCCAACAACGAAACUGACGUCAUACGAGAACUCGUGACGCACCUCGGUGCAGAGGUAAACAGAGAAAACAGCAUUGGGUUGACGGCGCUCGGGGUCGCUGCUGCGUGCUGUAAUGUGGUCAGUCUGAAAGAGCUGCUGGAGCUCGGGGCAGAUGUCAAGAAAAUAUGUUCCCAAUCUUCUCCAGUAGGAGAGUCGGUUCUUCACGUGUGUAGUCGGUGUCGAGGCCAGGACACUAUGGAAUCCGCUAAGUGCGUGGAAGUUCUGAUUUCGUAUGGGGCUGGCGACAUCAUUAACAAAUUAGAUUCCCUUGGGAGGAGUCCUCUAGCGCGGGCUGCGAUGAAUGAGAAUUUCGAGUGCGCCAGCGCGCUCAUCAAAUACGGAGCAGAUGUGGACGCACAGGAUCACCAAGGCAAAUCCGUCCUCAUGUACGCCGUGGAGACACGAGACCCUCUACCGAUAGUCACACUUCUCGUCAACUCCGGCGCUCAAUCCCACAAGAGAAUGGUUUCCACUGACACCUCUGACUUGACCCGCUACUCCACGGCCUUGACCUUAGCUGUGAAGAAAGGCCACACAGCGUUGGUGAAAUAUUUGUUGAGCUGCGGCUGCCGAGCGAGUCACGGGGUCCACACGGCGGUAUUUCAGGGACGCACAGAGCUCAUUGACCUCCUCAUCACCUCCGGCUCGGCUUGCCCUGAAAAGGUCAGAAUCAACCCGCCCGCUCUCCUGGGAGGUAGACAGCUGCACGUGUCGGACAUGUGUCCCCAGCUGUCUCCCUUGGCAACGGCUCUACUUUGUGGACAGACUGGGACAGCGCGCCUCCUGGUGGACAAUUUCUUCCUCACGUCUGACGACCUUCUCACUGUGGUGUCUGACGUCACGAGUCUUUGUCCGUCUGGCCUGCCGGCAGGCGUCGGGGAGUUCAUGUCUCAACUGACCAACCAACCCCGGUCACUGCUGUUUCUGGCUUUUCUAUGUGUCUCCUGUAGGUUGGGGUUCGAGCCCGACAGGAAAGAGAAGGUUGAGAGUCUAGCUGUACCGACACUGUUAAAGAGGAAGCUACUGUUUCAGUCCUGAUUCUCGUACUAUGCACUCAUUAUGAACUAAGAUGUGUCACUCUUAAAGGCCAGAGCUGACAGAUAACAUAUCCAACCAAGGGACCUAAAGCAAUGUUGCAGCACAUAUUG